GCCUGUUAUCAAUUACGUGGUCGGGUGGUAUGAUCAACGAGAUUGGUCGACCCCAGGGAUAAAGCUUCGACUCGUUCCAUCCCGCGAAACAAGCUUCCUUUCCAGAGACAAGCUUCAAAGUGGCUGCCUCCCAAGAGCCUAGCUUCGACCGGUAUCACGUAGUCAAAGCUUGUCAAGUUGCAGUGGAGAUAUUAAUCGUCUGCCCGUCUCUCGAGAAACCACCUUCACCCUCUAUCCUGCCUUCAACAAGACACAAUGGCCGAAAAACAGGAGCCCAUCGAUACCCCGCCUUACUCCGAACAGACGGGGUCGAGCACGGCGAUCAAACCGCAAUAUCGCAAGCCGCACGAUUCGGCCGUCACGUUCGAAGAGUAUCACUAUUAUGCGCUCAGAACAAGAGAAGAAGAAGAUGCUUCCGAAGCUCCAAAAGCCAAUUGGAAGGAGAUCGUGCUCCGCAAGAAGAACCCGCACCCUCUCGGAGGCGCCAAUCCCGCGCUGCAGACUGCUCAUGAAUCCACGGUGCAAGAAGCCUCAGAGCAUCUUCAUAUAUCGGAUGAGGAGUGGACAAAUGCGAGUCGCGCAUUUAGAACGGCGUCAGGAGGGGCUUGUUUCUACUUGAUCACCACAGAUGUCUUGGGGCCCUAUGGAGUAGGAUUUGCGAUGGGUACUCUAGGCUGGGGACCAGGCAUUGCUCUAUACACCGUCUUUGGUUUCAUGGCCGGCUACUCCGGUUAUCUCAUCUGGAAGGUCUUCCUGGGCAUCGACAGUUACGAAUUUCCAGCGAGGAACUACGGAGACCUUGGGUUCAGAACCUGGGGCACAAUAGCUCGACAUGUGACCAAUGUCAUGCAGGCGAUCGGAUUACUCCUGCUCCUCGGUCAGGUUACCAUUCAAUUCGGCGAAAACAUCUCUCAGGUGUCCAAGUUCAAGCUGUGCUACGUUGUUUGCCCAGUCAUCUUCAUCGCCGUCGGCUUUAUGCUGUCACAGAUCCGAACCCUCAAAGCCUACGGAUUGAUAGCAAACUUCGCAGUAUGGCUAAACUUGUUGGUCAUCUUCAUCACCAUGGGUGUAAUCGCAAACUCGCCUCCAAAUUUCGCGAUCUCUGUAUUAGGUUCAGCUGGUAGCGCCGUGGAUCCCGAGAGUAUCGCACCAGACGACCAGGGAAAUUACCCCUCAAUUAUUCACUAUGCUGGUAUGCCUACAAACUCAUUGGUCGGAUCAAUUAAUGGCUUGUUGUCCGGCGUACUGGCAUAUUCUGGCGCCCAACUUUUCGUGGAAUUUUUGGCCGAGAUGAGACGGCCUCGCGACUUUCUCAAAGCAAUGUGGGGGGCGCAGCUCUUCAUAUACACCGUCUAUCUCGUAUAUGGAUGCUUUGUCUAUCACUACCAAGGCCAGUACAGCUUCCAGCCGAGCUACCAAGGUGUUAGCCCCUACGGAUGGCAGACUGCUGGCAACAUGAUCUCCCUGAUCGCCGCCCUCAUUGCUGCUGGGCUCUACGGCAACAUCGGCGUCAAAGUUCUUUACAACAAUGUCCUCAUAGACAUUUUCCAUGUGCCGUCCCUCACUACCAAGCGUGGGAAAUUCUUCUACGCUGCCAUAGUUCCGGUUUGGUGGGCCAUUGCGUUUGUAAUUGCCGGAGCCAUACCGGACUAUUUCGGUUUCGUCGCCAUCAUCUCUUCGUCCAUGUUGCUGAACCUAACAUAUACGAUGCCUCCGUUCUUUGUUCUGGGAUACGACAUACAGAGACACGCCAUCCAAGGCGAUGGUUUCGACCCCGUGACAGGGCACGUAAUGAGAGAAGAGACUACCGUCGGGCGGUUAAUACGCGGCUUCACCAGCGGUGGCAAAUUCCAAGUUGCCAUGAACAUAUGGCAUGUGCUGUACUUUUUGUGUUCGUUGUCUAUGUGUGGCUUGGGCAUGUAUGCCGCCAUUGUUGGUAUGAUCGACGCAUUCAAGGUCCAUCAGUUGAACACGUUCUCCUGCCGGUCACCACUCAACUUGAACGCUUAGAAGUAGAACACUAGAUGUUUUUUCCAUCUAUCUACGCUCGCUAAUGCUUUUGAUACUCCAAUUUGAGAGAAUGGAGGGAGGUCAGUUUCAGUGGGGGAG